AUGCCUAAACGUAAGGCUGACUCUGUCCUCGAAGGUAUUCCCAAGCUCCCCGUUGGUCGUGACCAAGUCGCUGGUCGCGUUCGUCAAGCCGAGUAUAUUAUUGCCAAUAGUUUUAUUGCUUCGGUGCCUUGUGAUUGUUGCCGCGAGUCCGACGAAGAGUGCGUGAUGGAUCGGAGUCGUCGUUAUUCGAAAUGUGCGUCAUGCACUCGUGCUGGCCGGGUGUGCAAACGGGAUUUCCACACCGGUCGCGAAUGGGAUUUGUUGCGUCGUGCGGAAGACAAACUAUCUUCCGAUAUUGAAAAGAAUGAAGAUGAACUCGAUUUGUUGGAACCCGAGUUGAACGAUCUGCAGUCUCGCCUUGCGGAGCUGCAUCAACAGUUGUUGAAUAAACAAAAACAAUAUCAGGAGGCCAUGUCAAGGCAGCGUCGGCUGCGGUUUCAAAAUGUCGGAAAAUGA